AUGACAAAUGUUGAGCUGCCGGUGUUACGGGGAAUCGGUGCUAAUCUUAUCCAGCCCCUGGGAUGGGUAUCGACGAUAGUGCAAGUUCAGGGUAUUGUAGAAUCCGUAGAUAUGUGCCUUGUAGAAGAUUCCGUGCUUAGACAUCCAAUCUUAUUAGGACAUUCGUUUACAGAGAAACCCCAAAUAGUAAUUACAAAGACCCCCGACGGAAUCAUAUUCCACAAGAUACCCGCAGUACGAAAAUUCAUCUCGUCUGUCGAGAUGACACCUUAA